AUUAAUAAUUAAAUUUUAGAAAAUUUCCUAAAAUUAAAUAAUAACUAACUUUAACCACAUAACUGAAGUAUAAAAUAUUUUCUGUCUCCAUCAGAAAAAUUAAGCAAUUGUAUUAUCGAUAUUUUGUCGACAUUAAUUGUAAAUAUAUGUUAACAAAUACAAAAUUGCACCGAAACUACUUUCCCUUUUUUUAGAGAGAAAGAGAUACUCUCUUCUAUUUCCUCUUCACUCUUGAAAAUCUUUUUUUUUUCACAGAGAAGAAGAGUUUUGCUUUUUGUUUGUAAAAUAGCCUUCGAUCUAAAGAUCGAAAUCUAGUUUCAGAUUCGCUUUGUCGGAUUAUAAUUUUGCUUGGGCGAUUUUUGUUGUGUACUUCACCAAGUUGAAGAGGUUGAUAUAUAUAAAAGAGGUGAAGACUCAUUGUAAAUUUAUUCACCAAGUUAUCAACAAGAACACUUCUCUUUCUCUCUCUUUUUUUUUUGUCACAAAAGUUCUCUCUUAAAAAUGUGAUUCUUUUCGAAAGCAAGUUUAGGUUUUAGUAAAAUGCUAACUUAGCAACUACAAAGGUAGAAAAGUGCCAAGGCCACACGUUUAGAUUGAAUGAUGAAUCUGUAUGUGACAUGCAUGUGGUUGACCAAAUGCAUGAGAAUCUGAGAUUCUGAAUCUCUGUGCACCAAAAUAGCUCGUCAACAACAUGAGAUCACUUUUCGACGUUUAUUCAUCAUACGUAUCAAACCAAAGGGAAAGACCAUGUGGGUUGACACGUGUCACAUUACUAGUUGACGCCUACGCAAAAAGAAAGCUUACUUCUUCUGCAAGUUUCUUUUGGUCUUACUUUUUUUUUUUUUUUUUUCGUCAUAAUGUUUUCAUUUUCAUUGAAAAAGGGCAAGGCCCAAACAUAACCGAACUACAAUCGGGCCCAAAACGAACCGGGCCAACUAAAACCAAGAAGAAAAGCCUUCAGCCCCAACAACCUGGGCCUUAAGCCCAUACCCAAACCCUAGGGUAGGGAACCCUAAUUACCGCGCCUCACCGAACGUCGACGGCGCCGCCCAACCCCCAACUUGCCACCGCACAAACGCCAUGUCGCAUGGGGUCAAACAUCGGAGAGCAUCAUUCCAUCGCGAUCUCAUCCGUAUCCCAUGCCGACCGGGCCAAACACUCACCAAACACGAUCUGCGUAGUCUCAUCAGAACCGUCUACCAUUGACCAACCACCCCUGACAUACCGAGUCGUUUCAGGUGAGAGAUCAAGAGGCGGAAGAAAUAUGAAGCUUUGAUUUUCCGACUACACCGAGAAAGAAGAGCAGAGAAAAACUAGAGAGACUGAAACGACAAGAAAAAACCAAAGCCGAGAAGAACGAUACUAACUGAGUUACCGCCUUCUGGAAGCAGGAGCCGGCGAUGACGGUGCUAACAGAGCCACCGUCUCCCAGAAACAAAGGCCCGCGGUCGUAGAGCUGAGAGAGCCUCUACUCCCCGGGAUCUAAAACUGAACUCAUGAGCCGACUGCCGCUUCGAUUAACCGUUCUUCACCCCUCACCCCGACUCCAGAGAAAACAGCAUCGCCGCCGUCAGGAAGACCGUACGAGCCGAUCCCUUCUUGGCGCGAUACCCUAACCCAGAGCCGUCAGCAUGUCGGGGGGGUCGGUAGAUCGAAAACCACAGCGGAAAUCCUUGACUUGACCGGAAAAAAAUGAGCCACCGACGCCGGCACGCGCGCGGACGCGCCACCGGACGUCGGGGGCGACGACACUUUCUCUCUCACUUUCUCUCUCUGGAAACUUAAUAGAUUUAAGGAAUAAAAGCGUAAAUUAAUAAAAUAUGCCUUUGGCGGUUAUAAAUACGAUUCUCAUCCUCACAGAUUCUCUCUGGAACCACUUUCAUUAAUCUUUUGAGCAGAAGAUAGAAGAUGUUUCCUUCAUCCGACGCAUCCCUAACCGGAUUCUUGAUGCUCUUCAGAACAAUGCUCCACGACUUCGUCCCGGUGCAGCUCCGUUCAUACUUCUCCGGCUUACUCGAGCGGUUCUUCACUCCAAAAUCAAAGAAUCUCACGGUUGUCAUCGACGAGAAAUUCAAGAACAAAGUCUUUCACGCGGCGGAGAUGUACCUCCGCAAAAAGAUGGGUCCAGAGAUUUAUUUUAUAAUUCAUUCGGUAGCUUUGGUGGUGAUAAUUUUUUUUUACCAAAAAAGAAAAAGAUCCGUCCAGAGACGGAGCGAGUACGAGCGGGCAAAACACCGAAGCAGAAGCACUUGAAGGUAAAGGAGAAGAGAUCCUGGAUUCGUCCGAGAAGAGAUGAAGAAGGGUCUGACACUGGUUUUUAAUUACCUUGGUUUAGAUGGUUCCAACAAUCCUCUAUGUGAGGAGCUGAUGCAGGACGAUGAGUCAAUGAUACUGAUGCUGUAAUGAGUUUUGUUGAGAAGAGUAAGGUCGAGAGAAGCAAGGCCAAGGAAUAGCUGUCUAUUUGUAAAGAUGUUGUGACUAAUAGGAAUGAUGAUGACAAAUAACAUAGUGGUUCUUCAGAUAGAAGAAGAAAGCAGGUAAACGAAAAGGACAACUAAUAGAUUUAGUGAUUUGUAUUUGUGGCUAAUUAAGCUUGUAGUUUACAUUAAACCAUUUAUAAAGCUUGUCUUUGACAGAAUUUAGAUAUGUUGUGUUGUGUACUUUAAAUUAAAACCAACUAGUUUAUAUCCUUUACUUGCUUUAGUUUAUUACGUUCAUAAAUAUAAAAGUCAUAGAACUUCUGUUUAUGUUUGUUGUUUUGUAAUGGCUUAAUCAUUUAUAAAAGCCUAUAAAAAUCGUCAUUUGUUUCAAGUUUUAGUUUCUGCAGCUGUUAGUGUUGUUUGUGUUCUUAAGAAAAAAAAACAAAAGAGAAGGAGAAUGCAUAUCCACAAAAAUUCAAAAAGAAAAAGACUAGUUUUGUUUGCAUUAGUAGUUUCCAUGUUUACUUUAUUUCCUUAUUACCUAAAAGAAAACCAAAGAAAUUCUGUCACACGUUGUCAUAUCUGUCCGACCAUAUGUUGUUUUCAGUCCUAUUAUACCACAAAGUGAUGCAGGGAUGCGAACAUGACUUGUAUUUCCAGACACGAGUAAGCAUGCAACGCAUAUCAAACAAAUCAGCAUAACUUUGACACCUCCAACAUUUGUUCCUAGAGCAGCUGAACAUAGUCCAUAGGCAACAAUAGCUGCUGAACCUUAGGAAGAUCCGCCUGUUUACCUUCCAGGUGCGUAUGGGUUUCUUGUGGUUAUGCAAUGCAAUAUAUCAGGAAAAAAAAGUAGAAGAGCAAACUCAUUGACGUAUAGCAUUUUACAUCAUAAGUAAGAUUUUUGUUCUCUGCUGUGUUACUUACCCGUAAUUUGAAUUGUUCCCUGAGGUCCCCAUGCCUAACUAAUGCAUAUUUUCCUUGCCAAGUAAGAUAACACCACAAAUAAGAAGUCUUGAGGCAACCACUGAAUCCUUCUACAUGAAAUGCAGCAAAGUUGUUCCACCUAUAGAUGAAAAUUCCUAUGACAGACUUGUUGUAGCUAAGUGUUUUAAAUAAACAUAAGAAUGACAUACUCGCCCGUUGUGCUAUGUGGUGACCUGUCAAAUCGUCCUUGAUUGUUACAAAACGGAUAUUGGGUUUCCUACAAAGUUCACAAGCAACAUGAUCAAUAUAUAUCUUGACGAAUACAUCUAAAAAUUUACUGAAGCUGACUCUUCAGUCAUCAAGCAGAUAUGAAACAAAUAGCUGCUGCAUUGAUGAUCUCUGAGUCUGGGAAAUUUACCUUCUUCAAAUCUAUGCGUAGAUGCUUCAGUUUUCUUUCUGACUUCACUGGCAUAUCAAAGGAAAUCAAAAAUGGUGUUGUCAUACUUGAACUCCUCUAUGAUUGAGAUUAUUUGUUGAGCUACCUAGCAAUCAGCAACAAGGUUUUUCGAUAUGUGCCAGACAUUGAAAAGUAAGAUGACUAACCAUAGAUGGAGUUGUCAGAUUAGAUCUGUAAGUAUAUGCGUAAUCACAUAUCUUCCAGUAACAGAUGUAUGACCUUGGAUCUGCGUGGAACCUACGAGAAGGAUUAUGACAAUUAGCUACACUCUUGAUUGACAAGCACAGAUUGAGAAAUAUUCCAUGUUACAAAUAACACGUUUUCUUCUUUGAUUAAAAGUUGUAGUGUGUAAUUCUUUUUAUUAUGACUCAUGUAUGAUAUUCUUCUAGAUUAUACAAGACAUAUGAUAUCUUUGAAGGAUCUCACACACGUCAUGUUCUUCAAGAACGUAUAUGCGAUAAAAGGGCCGGUUGCGAACUUUGUGGAAAACAGGUUUCUUAUAGGUCAAUCACUUAUUAUUGUCAUCUAUGUAGAUCCUAUUUUCACAAAGGUUGUCUCACAAUAAUAUAUCCAAAGAUUCAUGAGCAUUUACUCACUUACCUUCGAAGAAAACUCCCAGUCGGUUGUGAUGCUUGUGGAUUCUCCAGUCCGGAUGACAUUGAUAUGUUCGGAUGUUUACAAUGCGAUUUCUUUGUCCACAGAAGCUGUAUCUUCUUACCGAGAGUUAUAAAACUUACACGUCACUCACAUUGUCUUUCUCACGUUUUUUCAUAUACUUGAUGAUGCGGAGAAGGCCAAGUGUGGAGUUUGCCAGGGACGGUUUAGUUCUGGCUAUGGAGGAGCAUAUGCUUGUAUUGACACGACAUGUGAUUAUGUUGUCCAUUCAACAUGUGCGACAGAUAACAGGGUGUGGGAUGGCAUAGAUGUCGAAGGAAAACUUGAGGAAGGGAGUAGUAGUUCUAAAGAUGCUUCACUAGAAGAGAUGGAUGACAAAACAGUACAUCAUUUUAGCCAUGAGCAUGGCUUAUCGAGAAUCCAUGUCGAUGAAGAAUGUUGGCAGCUAUGUGAAGCAUGUAUCCUUCCUAGUGAUAUGGGUACUUUCUUGCGUUGCAAGGAAUGCAGUUUUGCCCUCCAUGAAGAAUGUGCUCGCCUACCACAGGAGAUGGAUCAUCCGUUACAUCGCCAUCGGUUAACACUGAAGGUCAAAAUGAACAUCAACGAAGGGUUCUUCACCUGUUCUGUUUGCAAGCAAUAUCAUUGUGGUUUUAUGUAUAAAUGUCGCUAUUGUGGGACGUUCAAAAUGGAUGCAAAGUGUGCUUCCUUUACCGAACCAUUCAAGCAUAUAACCCACAGAUGCCCUCUCUAUCUUAGACUAGAAAAUCAUGGUUAUAACACAUCGUCUUACUUGUGUUGUGGUUGCCAUAAAAAAUAUCCAACUAUUGUCGCAACUUGUACCACAUGUGAAGACUUCUCCUUCGAUUUCAAAUGCUUGAACUUACCUCCCGUGGUCAGAUUUAAGUAUGAUAUCCAUCCACUGUACCUAUACUUCGAUACAGAACACAACAAGAAACAACUGCUGGAAAAGAGACAGGAAAGUUACUCUUGGUGUGACGUUUGUGAAGAAGAAAUACAUGAGAAUUUAUUGUUCUACAUAUGUUUUGAUUGCCGCAUCUCUCUACAUGUUAAGUGCAUCUUGGGAAACUAUCCUUAUAUGAAACCUGGCCAUAAUAUCAAGGUGGAAGAUCUCAAUAUUCAGAUAGCUUCAAACACUGGUGCUUGUAGGCCAAUGUGCCAUAAAUGUCACAGUCUCUGCCGAGACAAGUUAGUAUUCAAGGAGGAGGAUUUAUGUUUCUGUUCUUUGACGUGUAUUCGUUAUUACUUAUGAGUAAAUAAUAUGUUAUAGUAAAAUGCAAUGCAUGCGGUUGUAAUGUGGAAGGAAAUAAAUUAUGAAUCUCUUAACAAUUUCAGAACUUUUAAAUUUGUUUGAACUGCUCAAAAGAUAUAGAUGUUUUGGGGUUAUUGAUUGUUAUUUUUAAAUAUUUUAUUACAGAUUAUAUAAUGCAUACUCUGAACUUUUUGAAUUCUCCAUCUUUCUCUUUAUAAGAAACAGUAUUGAAGCGAUCCUACAUCCACUACAAGUGAGUGACCCCUUCUCAUGGCUACGGUAAAGUUUUUAUAAUUAAGAAAUAUACACCAAAAAAGGGGUAACAAAUGAAAGAGCCACACACACACGCUGGGCUACCAUGCUGGUCUUGC